CGGGCCGGCAACGGUGUUGGCAACGGGCAGAAGCCUUCUGUCCCCCGUGCGAGAUCAUGGCACCACACAUUGACACUGCUCUACUUUCACCUCUAAAUAACUAUCGUCGGCCAUGUCAAGUCCCGCAAUUCCUCAGUGGCUCGCCAAGUCUCAGGAUGCUUCGCAUAUGUCGCUUGCUUUACGAACUCUCAAGCUACGAGAAGACUCACGCACACGAGCAGCAUAUGCUUCCAUUCCUCAUAAAACGGCAUCAUUCCGCGCUGCUCUUCACAACAUUUCUAAAUCGACUUCAGAAUUCUACUCCGUAACUGCAGGGCGUGACCAUUUGAAUCAGCGUCGCAAUCGGUACGUCGAUGUCGUUCCGUACGAUAGAACGCGUGUGGUGGUCAACGACCAGGGAUGUUGUGGCAGUAGCUCCGGAGGAUCAUAUUUGAACGCGGAUUGGGUAUUGGAACGUUUUGGCGGUAAAUGGUGGAUUGCCUCUCAGGCUCCUCUUCCCAACACAUCACAUACGUUUCUCAGCUUGAUUUCAAAAUCGGUAUCACCGCCAUCACGCUCUUCAGAUUCUACUCGUGUACGCACCAUUGUCCAACUUACACAAAAUGUAGAAGAAGGCAGACGAAAAGCCCAUCCUUAUUUUCCUGAUAAGGUUGGCCAACGUAUAGUCGUUCCCCCUGAAGACGAUUCACUUGGUCCCCCGUUCGAGGUCACCUUACUGGAGCGCGAAAUCAUCGACGACGCAUGUUGCGUUCGCAGCACUGUUUCUUUUACUCCACUUUCUCCCCCAAACUCUGCUCCAAUCACCUUCAAGCAUCUUCUUUACCAUGCUUGGCCUGAUUGUGGCAUCCCAACCCCGGAAGAUCGAGCAGGGCUACUCGCCUUUGCUCGGCUCGUCGACAAGACUAAUCGUCUAGAGGCCGAACCAAGUGAUCCAGACCCACCGAUGAUCGUCGGUUGCUCGGCAGGGAUCGGCAGAACGGGAUCGUUUAUUGCUCUCUGUUCACUUUUACGGUCGCAUGGAAUCCUUUCGCCACCGGCAAACGCUACACCAGCAGAUUCUAUGCUGCCCCCAUCCCCACUCGGUGAUCUACCCGAUUCAUUGAAAGAUGAUAAAGUCGUUCAGGAGGUUGACUCGUUACGGGAACAGAGACCUGGAAUGGUACAGCGGCCAGAACAGCUGCUUGUGAUUUAUGAGAUAUUGACAUCAGCGGUAGCUUCCGGCUCGUCGGGCACGAAGCAGUGGUGAUCAUUCAUUCGAGCAAGGAUAUGCACCAUACGUGGUUUGUAUGAGAGGCGAUGUGUAGAUGGAUCAUCAUCACAAAAAAAACGGGGAUUCGGAUACUCGAAGAUAUUCACGUGUCUGUGAUAUCAUGCCCUGUAAUCGGGAUAACAUCCCUGUCAGAUGAUAAGGUGGAGUAUCCUGGAGUACUAUCAUCGGUUAUGGCUUUAUAACCGGGUAGGUGUUUAUAAAUUUGAUUUUUUUCUUGUCCCGCUCGGUUUUCUUGUGCUACAACACUCGGGAUCGAAAGACUUACCUAUAAACUACUAAUCUAUGUAUUAACUUUGAGGGAACAUGGAGGGAAGCUCUUUUCGGCAGAGGAUGAAGACAUCAAAAUUACUGAUUUAAGGCCAAAUUUGGGUACAACAAUCGCCGGAUUUAAGUUUUUCACUCGGG